GCGGAGGAACCGGCUCCCGGCUCGGGCUCCGGCCUCCGGCCUUCGGGCUCGGCGGCGCGGUCCCCGCAGCAGCGAGGCUGGGCGGGCCGGCGCCUCACGCCCUCCCGCCAGGCCGCCAUGCAGGGCCCCGCCGGGAACGCGAGCCGCGGACUGCCGGGCGGGCCGUCCUCCACUGCCGCGUCCGGGGCGGGCCGCUGUGAGAGCGGCGCGCUCAUGCACAGUUUCGGCAUCUUCCUGCAGGGGCUGCUCGGCGUCGUGGCCUUCAGCACAUUAAUGCUCAAACGCUUCAGAGAACCAAAGCAUGAGAGACGUCCAUGGAGAAUAUGGUUUUUAGAUACUUCCAAACAAGCCAUAGGGAUGCUGUUCAUCCACUUUGCAAAUGUGUACCUGGCAGAUCUCACUGAAGAGGACCCUUGCUCACUGUACCUCAUCAACUUCCUCUUGGACGCCACUGUGGGCAUGCUGCUCAUCUAUGUGGGAGUGCGCGCUGUCAGUGUCUUGGUAGAGUGGCAGCAGUGGGAAUCCCUGCGUUUUGGUGAAUAUGGAGACCCUCUGCAGUGUGGGGCCUGGUUUGGGCAGUGUGCCCUUUACAUCGUGAUCAUGAUCUUUGAAAAGUCCGUCGUCUUCAUCGUCCUUCUCAUACUUCAGUGGAAAAAGGUGGCCCUACUGAAUCCCAUUGAAAACCCAGACCUGAAACUGGCCAUCGUCAUGCUGAUCGUCCCCUUCUUUGUCAAUGUCAGUGCCGUCCGUGUUGCAUGUUUUACACUGCUUUGUGCCCUACCUUCCAGGGUUCCUGUUCAGAGUCCUGAGUCUGACAGAAAACUCAGAGCCCUCAGAUCUUUCUUUCUGUGUGACCAGUUGUCACAUCCCCACUCCCCUCCCCAAGACCUGGAAAUGGCAGGAUUGCUUCUUCAAAAGGCAUUGAUGUUUUGGGUAGUGGACAAUUUCCUCAUGAGAAAAGGAAAGACGAAAGCUAAACUAGAAGAGAGAGGAGCCAACCAGGACUCAAGGAAUGGGAGUAAGGUCCGCUACCGAAGGGCGGCGUCUCACGAGGAGUCGGAGUCUGAGAAGCACAAGACUUGAGGCCUCCUGGCGGGGCCUGGGGUCCAGGGAGGGCAAACGCAGAAGGGCUGCUGCCACGUCUCAGCCGUGCCUCUCCGCUGCCCAGAUCCUGAUCUCGGCCGAUGAUGAGAUGGAGGAGUCCGACGUGGAGGAGGACCUCCGCAGACUGACCCCACUCAAGCCUGUGAAGAAAAAGAAGCACCGCUUCGGGCUGCCUGUAUGACACAUUCCAUGCUGGGGGUGACAAGUUUGGGGCCAGCCAGCUGCUGGGUCAGCAGGUGGUCACCCCACAGCGUCAUCCCUUCCCUCCUCUCUCUGCCCCUCCUCUUCUACCUCCACUCCUCUCGCUGUCUCUGCCCACUCUCUGCCCACCCCCAGACUACUGUGACUUAAAAAGAGGGAACAGGAACCAGCACCCAAGGGGACUAUGGGCAGCUGGAGGUCCCCGCUCAGUUGCACUACAAACACUGACCAAAUAUGCAAGCAAAGAGCUUUGUUUGUUUGUUGUUGUCCUGCACAGUGUUGUGAGGGACCCCGAAGCCCCUGUCCUGUGUCUGACCGGGUGGUGCGGUACAGGAAAACACAGGCCCGCACAGACCGCGGGUGGGUCUCUCCCCAAGGCUGCAGGCAGCGAGGACACUUGACGUGCUUGGGGCUAAAGUCACUCACUGACCAAGUUGGAACCGGAAUGCUUUCUUACUCAAAAUGGCUUUUGUAACUCUUGAUUUCUAAAGCCGGUUUUAUGAGCUAUGACAGUGUUAACUGUUUUUUGAGUAUGUGUUUAUUUCCUACAAAGUACCUAUGGGACUAAUGGGCAAAACCUAGAUUUUUAAGUCUUCCGUAUGCUGUUUGACUUUUAUAUUUUUAAGUUAUAUUUUCAUACUAUUGUAUUUAAAAACUCUUUUUAAUCCCCAAAGAAAUGGAUUUGUUUGCCUUUCAUGGGGUAUGAGCUGUGGGAGGAAGAAGUCAGGAGUUUUUCUACUUGGGAUAUUGUUAGGUAAUGUCCUACGAUAAGAUGAGGCAAGUGACCCCAGGGGGCAAGGUGGACGGCCUUUGCCUGGAAUCAGAACCCAUGGUUGUGGAAGGUCAGGUCUGUGCAUGAGGCUGCUGGUCUGAAGGUGGAUCUGCGUGCCUCAGAGUGUGUGGAACAGGAGGGGAUCUGCCAGGACCCCAGUCACUUCUGCUGGCAGGUUAGAGGUCUUGGUUUAACUGGUAAAGGAGCCUAAGAGUUAGGUUUUUGUGUCCAGAGGAAUCAAAAGCAUGGGCUGCUUGUGUUUGUUCCCUGCCUCUCCCCAGAGCUUCCAGAUCUCAAGUGUAAAAUAGUCCCAGCCUCUUAGCCUCUACUACAGCAGCCUGCAGAGUCAAUCCUCUUCUGUUGCCUGUCACCUGCUAUUAUCUGCUCAUUUUACAUGGAAGUCUGGAGAACAUCCACAUGGCCAGACGAGCCUGUUUUCAGUCCCUGCUUCCCCACUCUGCAGAGCAUGGUGGCUGGGGUGGGCAGGUAGAGGUGAGAGAACCUGCUGUCUAAAUCCAGAGGCUGCAGCCCCUCCUCACAUGGUAGCACCUGCUCCUCAGCCUGGCCACAGACCCCUGUGGCCCGGAGAGUUUGCUGAAUAGAGGUGGAGCUGGCUGAGCCCAGCACUUUCCUGCUGUGGAAGCAGCAGGGUGGAGUUGCCCAGUGGUUUGUCAUGCCAAGAGGCAGCCACAGACCCUUAGGAACAGAAAACCAUACUGCUAUAAUGUGGGCUACAAGUGAGACAAGCACAGAGGCCAUUCCACCCAGAACCAUCUUUUUAAACCUGCGUAAAAACAUGUUCUACUUCAGCAUAAUGGGUCUGAAUGUGUUUGUGGUAUGUGAGCCAGACUGUUGAACCAGGCACCUGGAACUGUCGCCUGCUGCUGCUUGUGGUCCUGCCUGUCUUGGACAUGGUGGAAUAGCUUAGGGAGGCCCUCUCAGACCCUCUUCCUCCAGGAAUGCAGACGACUGUGAGGAGCAUGGACUGUAGCUGUGCAGUAGGAGGUGACUCCACCAGUGUGGGGAUCGCUGCCAGAGGAGGGGACAGGCUGGCAGUGAGCGAGAUGGAGCCUGCCCAGGUCCCACAAUGUUACUGCUCUCAUUCACUCUCUUUGGUUCCUCCCAUUCCACAACUGUGGUCUUUCCCUACCACGUCUCCAGUGGGGCUCUCUUGGGUUGCCCAUCCCCAGACUACUGUGACUGGCAAGACCCAAGACUGGCAUUUCUGGGGAGACUGUCACUGAGUUGAAGCUUCAUGUUCAGUCUUGAGUUCCCAGUGUUUCCAAAUCAGGUUCAGGGGUAGGGGACCACUGUCUGUAAAAGAAGGAAACUUGGGGUUGUGUACACCUCAGAGGACCUCAUAUCCACGCUUGUCCCAGCAUCCACUGAACAGUGAGCUUGAGGGACAGAGGUAGCAAGUAAGUGCUGGUGGUGUCCUGUGUCCUGAUUGUUGUUAAUAAAGGCUUGAGUCUCCAAGCUGUAGCUGUGUAACUGGCUGACAAGGGUGGAGGUCGAACAGGGAGUCUGUCUGAUCCCAGGGGCCUCUUGGUGUGCGGGCUUGGACAGUGUGGCAUCAUCACAUGUUAGGCCUUCCCAUCCUCCUGUGCCCUGGGAGAGCCUUCAGCUCUCUAGUCACUGGGGCUCUUACAUGGCACACUCUCUCAUGAAAGCAACUCAGAGAGCUGUGGUCAGGACUUCCUCCUGAGCUGUCCUCCCUCCCUGGGAUGAGUUUCCUCACCACCUGUCUUACGAGGUGCAGCCCUUCACUGGCUAAUGGCAGGCGUCACCGUGCUUGAGAAAUGAUGGGAUACUGAUGGAAUAUUGUAUACGGUCAAUCUGAUUUGUCCAAAUCGGAACCUUGGCCAAGCCACCCAUGAUGGAAGCUUGAAGUCAAGGUCAGGUUUCUUGUAACUAUUGAAAUAAACCAAUAUGGCAGAACUGUGAUCUGAUUGGAAAAGGUGGUUGUUGCUGUUAUUUCCUUUUGGCUGUCAUUAGGACAUUGACAAUGGCAAGGGAGAUGGUGAUGAGAUCCUGGGUGGCAGUGGCUUCUCAGUCCACACAGCCUGAAGAUGUGCAAGGUGAGGGUCUGUGGCCCCUCAGCCCUUGAGCACUGUGAUGGCCUCCUGCCACAACUUUCACUUGUGCCCUCCCUGGUAACAGGGAGUCUUAGGUUAAUGUCACCUCUCAUGCCUCUUUCUUCAGGGAACAUAAAAAGGCUCAAAUGCAAGUCAUAACUUCCCUUCAGCAGUGUACCAGGGUCCACAUCUGAAGGCUGGCCCAGGACCCUGAGGGAGCAAGUCUUGCUCAGCUCUCCGGACUGCACUUCAGUGACCUUUUUGCAGCAAGUCAAGACAGGUUGCCCUGGGGGCUUUCUGCUGGCCAGACAGAGCAGCCACUUCAUAGGGCACAAGGCUGACUCUUAGAAGUUCCACACCCUCCAGCUAAGAGGCAGAGCUCUGUUUUACCUUGUAAGACAUUGACAGCCCCAAGGGGCGAUGCUUCUGGUGAGAGACUUUUGGUCUGACUUGCUUUGAGCACCUUGAGCUCCUGGGCAGGUGGGUGGGCAGGUCGGUUGGUUCAUUGAUUGGUUUGGUUGUUUUCAAUUUGAUUUUCUUUUCAUGAAGUUUACUAGAAGUCAGACCUAUGUAAGCAGAACCGUGGCCACUUCAGCUGCCAUCCCAGCAAGGGUGUUUCGUCAGUGGUGUUACAAGUCACAGAAACACAGUGUCGAAAUGAAAGGGAAGAUGAUGUACUUAUAUUGUAAAAUGGUUUACAAUAAAGUUUGACAUCUUAUAACAGUUUUUUAAAAAAGAAACCAUCA